AGAGUUGCAUAAUGGUGUUUUCCUCUUCUGUAAUUCGACUAUUUUCCUUAUGGCUUCUCAUUACACACGUCUGGGCAGGCGGGAUUGAGGACUUAGUCCACCAAUUGAUGAAACCGGUGGAACAGGCUAUAUCUUUCUUCCCACCGCUAGACUGGGUCCCUCAUCCAAAGUUUUUAACGAUUCAUUACGAUAGGGGAAUACCAUUUCCUACGAAAAACGACACUGCGGAACCCUGGAGACAUCUUAACACUGCUCCCGUGACCCAUGCGCCAAAUGCCAAUGCUGCUAGUUGCUCAGCUACCAAUGGUUCAUCUGGGUAUUGGUAUGAGAAGACCGAACAUAAGGACCAAUCAUCGUUUUUGAGCUCGGAGUAUAAAGACAGCUACAAGGUUUUUCGGAAUGUUGUGAGUGAUUAUAACGCCGACAACACAGGAAAACAAGAUGCGGCACCUGCCAUACAGAGGGCCAUUGAAGCGGGGGCAUCAAACGGGCCUUCUCGGAAUUCCAAAUCUAUGGGCACGACAGGACAACCCGCCGUAGUCUAUCUUCCGGGAGGUACAUACCUUUUGCAAACCUCUCUCCAACUCUACACAGGAACGGUGUUGGUCGGUGACCCGACGAACCCGCCCGUUUUGAAAGCCGCUUCUGGGUAUUCUCUGGACCACAUCGUUUACGCCAAGGAUCCUAACCACGAGGGGACGAACAACUUCUACAUUGGCAUUAAGAAUAUUGUCCUGGACUCCACCGGGGUCGAUUCAGCCAAGUCCCUGAGCCUCCUUGACUGGACGGUUAGCCAGGCAACGCAACUCACCAACGUCGCGUUCCAUAUGCCGACGGGCAGCCAACAUACUGGAUUGACGACGCAGUAUGACUAUAAUAGUAACAUCAUUGUGAAUGACCUAUCAUUCAGUGGUGGUGGUAUCGGCAUGAAGCUGAGCGGCCAGCAAUGGGUUUUCAAAAAUCUCACCUUCACUGGGACAACUAUCGGAGUAGUUGCAGGAGCCACCGAUAUCAUCUUCUUGGGAUGUCGUUUCGAACAGGGGGCCAUAGGUAUUAAUGCGAGCGAGACAUCGGGCUCCUUGACCGUGAUCGACUCCAGCGUCUCGAGCGUAGACACCUUCAUCACCUCGAAUGACUCGGGUGGUGCAGGAAACGCAAUUGUCUUGGAGAAUGUCCAGAGUUCUGGAGUGACUGUUCGUCUGGGAGGCAACGCUGUGCUCACAGGAGGUGUAGCGGACACCUGGGUCCAUGGAACUAUGUACAAUUCCGGAAGCUCCAGCAAAGAGCGUGUUGAAGGGAAGAUUGUCGUAACCAACCGGGCUUCGUCUCUUGUGUCGGGAAAUAAGUAUUACACGGUUUCGCCACCGACUUACCAGGACUACAAAGCAACCGAGGUUCUGAAUAUCAAGUCUGUAUCCUCUAGCCCUGUCUAUGGAGAUGGUCAGACAGAUGACACGGCAAACAUCAACAAAAUCCUGGCCGAGAAUAGAGACUGCAAACUGAUAUAUUUCCCUGCGGGUACCUAUAUCGUUACGGACACAAUCUUCAUCCCUGGCGGUACGCGAAUCAUCGGAGAUGCCUUCGCUUCGACUAUCAGCGCAGUUGGAAACAACUUCAAGGACGAAGGUUUUGUUCGCGUUAUGAUCCGUGUAGGAUACCCAGGAGACAUUGGAGUCGCGCAGAUCAGUGACAUGAUCCUUACGGUGGGAGACAUUUUGCCAGGCUGCCAAUUAGACCUCAACCCUAAGGUGGAGGUGAACAUUGCCGGAAAGAGCCAAGGGGAUGUAGGGUUCUGGAAUGUACAUUUCCGCAUCGGAGGUGGAGUAGGCAGCAGGGUGCAUAGUGAUUGUACCAGCUCGCCUGACAACUGUAAAGCCGCAUAUGGACUACUCCAUCUCACGAGUACUUCAUCUGCUUACAUCGAAAACAUGUGGGGAUGGACAGCAGAUCACGAUCUCGAUGGAUCCAGUUCGCAGACCAUAUCCACAGGCAGAGGACUUUUGGUCGAAGCAACUGCUGCCACAUGGCUUAUCGGUACCGGUUUUGAACACCACACUCUCUAUCAGUAUAAUUUCGAGCAUGCACACAAUGUUCUUGCCACCAUGCAGCAGAGCGAAACCCCAUACUGGCAAGGUGUAGGAAGCACGCUAGCACCAGCUCCAUGGGGGAAUCACCUGAGUGCAAGUGAUCCGGAUUUUUCAUGGUGCGCUGGGGACGAUGCGACCUGCCGUAUGGCGUUAUUCGAGCGGAUCAAUGGUGCAUCAAACCUCUUCCUUUAUGGAGGCUGCAACUGGGCCUUCUUUAACAACAAUGGCGGCUGCAACGGCAAGUGUCAAAAGAACGCGGUCCAAAUUAUUGAAUCAUCUGCGCUGUACUUGUAUGGCACGAACACCAAGAGCACGGAGAAUAUGAUUCUGGAAGGCUCGACGACGAUCGCAAAGGAAGAUGAUAACGCUGGUGGCUGGGGAGGAGUAAUUGCGGCUUUCUUGUACAAAACGUGA